UAUAUAAUAACAUUAGAACCCUAGAAAGUUUUCUAAAAAACAACCAUCAUGUCAGUCGAAAGGAGGAAAGAUUCAGCAAUAUCCUCUGCAGCAACGGCGAUCGUCCCCGUCGCCAACGGUAACGGACUAGCGCCGUCGAACGCUAACUACCGGUUACGGCUGAACCCUAAUCAAGACCACAAGGCGGAUGAUUAUGACGAUUUAGGUAUAGAGUUCACUCCGUUGCUUUUCAGCUCAUUGGAGAGAUAUUUGCCGCCAAAUCUGUUGAAUGUACCUAGAGAUACUAAGUAUAAUUAUAUGCGAGAUAUUUUGCAUCGUUAUUCUACUGAUGUUGAUCGUUCCAGAGAGCAGAGGCACAAAGAGUACAGGCAAAAAAUUGUAUCCAAUUAUCAGCCUCUGUACAAAGAACUAUAUAAAAUGAAUUCGUCAAUGUUUUUCGUCCCAUCAUUUUUGAAGGCAUUCAGUGCCAAUGACAAGGAGAGAGAUCAAAGUAUUAAAAGCAUAAUGUCCGAACCCACUCCAGGAAUCUACACAUUUGAUAUGUUGCAGCCACAUUUCUGUGAAAUGUUGCUAAGUGAGGUAGAAAAUUUCGAGAAGUGGGUCCAUGAAACAAAAUUCAGAAUCAUGCGUCCGAAUACAAUGAACAAAUUUGGCGCCGUUCUUGAUGACUUUGGCAUGGAAGUCACACUUAACACGUUGAUGGAAGACUUCAUACGCCAAAUUUCUAAAAUUUAUUUCCCUGAUGUUGGAGGAUAUUCUCUUGAUUCCCAUCAUGGAUUUGUGGUCGAGUAUGGACUGGAUAGAGAUCUUGACCUUGGUUUUCAUGUGGAUGACUCGGAAGUAACCCUGAACGUAUGCUUGGGAAAGCAGUUUACUGGUGGGGAGUUGUUUUUUAGAGGUGUGCGAUGUGAGAAACAUGUGAAUGGCGAAACAUAUCCUGAAGAAAAUUUUGAUUACCAUCAUGUCCCUGGACGUGCACUAAUUCACCGGGGUCGUCAUCGACACGGUGCUAGAGCAACCACAUCCGGGCAUAGAAUUAAUUUACUGCUGUGGUGCAAAAGUUCUGUGCAUAGAGAAUUAAAAAAACAUAAGAAAGAUUUCUUAAACUAUUGUGGGGAGUGCAAAAGGGAGAAGAAGGGAAGGCUUCUUCAGUUUAUGGCUGCAAGGAAAAAGGAGUUGCUUGUAGGUGAAGGGGAAGCUUCUUCUUGAACCUGCUAUUAGAAGAUUGUGAACGUGGUUAAUUUUCACCAUGUUUAAAUAUCUUUGUAAAGUUAGGUUUUUUAAAAAGCCAAACCACAUAAAAAACCGUUUAGCUUCUCAUCUUUUGUAUGGUCAUAAAUAUGUAAUUGUAAUGGAUUGUUGUUUAUUGAAAUUAUGAUGUACCUUUUGUGAUAAAA